CAAAGAGUGAAGUUCGUGUUCAAUUAAAAGUUCUUGGAUAAAAUUCACUGAAAAAUUAUAUCGCAAAGUGAACGUACUCGCAGUUGGAAAAGAUUUGCAACACAUCGAGCAUAGCAUUUCAAACUGAGGACAUUAUUUAGCUGACGCUAAAGCAAAAUCGGUUCUAAACAAGUAAUCGUUACUACGCCAAUAUAAAACAAAUGGACUCGGACGAUGAUGCGGGAGCAAAGCGAUCAGGACGCGGCCGUGGCCGCACUCGGGGUACUCGAGGACGAGGACGUGGUCGUGGUCGUGGACGAGGUAAAAAAGCCGCACGCGUGAUAUCAUCCGAUCAGGAGGAAGAUAUGCCCUCGCCCAAAUCGUCACCAGCAAACGCCAGCGACGAUGAAAUUACGGAGAAAUUACCGUCACAAACGAACAGUAAACAGCAAGAUGCACUAAAUGAAUCACUUAACGAGCUAUCAUCACAGCAUUUAAAGCCCCCGGUUUCUUCCGAACUGGACCUACAACCGCUCUCUAUUAGCAGUCACACAGCACCAAUCAGUGCACCGCUAAUAAUCGACAUGGAGGCGGACAUCUCCCAACUUGAAGCACCGACCUUCACAACCAUCUCGCGUGGCCCACCGGAACCAAUGCUACGACUGAACUGGAACCAUAAAGUUAAUCUGAUUGGAGAAAAGGUGUUAAAUCCUAUGAUCUACUGUUGUGACCAGUGUGACAAGCCUAUCUUAAUUUAUGGUCGUAUGAUCCCAUGUAAACACGUAUUUUGCCUCAGUUGCGCACGAUCUGAUACCUUGAAGGUUUGCCCGCGCUGUAAGGAAAAAGUGGUCCGCGUCGAACAGACUGGCCUUGGGACGGUAUUCAUGUGCACGCACGGUGGUACUCGCUACGGUAGCACUGGAUGCCGACGAACGUAUCUAUCACAACGCGACCUGCAAGCUCAUAUCAACCAUCGGCAUGUUACCAACACGCCAGUUCCUAUGCAACCCCCGGCCUCAAUCCUUCAGCAACCUCAGACAGCCUCGCUUCCGGGGCAACCAAUUGAGUUAUCGCCUAUAACCAAACCAAUUGUGGAUAAAAGUGCCAGCUGGUGGUAACAUAUUUCAUUUGGUUUAUUCUGGUUACCUUAAGCAUUUGGGAUUAGUCGUAGUAGAUCACAACCAUAAGAAAGCCAAAAGGAAUGGUUAUCGAAAAUUUAAAAGGUUUGAUAUUGUGGACCCGUUGGAAGCUUUUUUAAAAAAAUUCGAAUAGGGUUAAUAAGAAUAAUUUCUCAAAGUGGGUACAGCAUGCUGAUAAAGACCUAUACAAGAAUUAAUGUAUUCAUCCCAGAGCCUUAAACAAAAUUGGUACAAGAGUAUAAAUGAAUUAUCGAGCAUGCAAUUCCCUUAAACAAUUCCCGAAUUCGAUGCUAUUUUUGCCAACACUUUGACGACCAUAGAAAAGCUUCUUAAAAAUGAUCAAUAAUGCAUAUUUCUUCUAAAUUCAAUCAAUUCAUUAACAGCUAAAUUAGUUAUUUUUGUUUUACUUUUUCGGAACAUGAAAAAACGCUAUCAGCAAAUAGCAUAGUGGAGUAUGAUGAUUGAUAGAUCUAUGAUGCAAAUAAAUUGGUAAAAUUUACCUCCAGGUCAAAAAAA